AAUUAGCGUUUGCAGCUGUCGGAUCCUCCACAUUUUCUUUUCUUUUCUUUUCUUUCCCCCACUCUCUGUUUCAAAACAGGGUGAAACAGAGUGUCUGUGAGAAGGUACUGGCAGUCACAAGAGAAGAGAAGAGAAUGAUGAGGUGGAAGAGAAGAUGAGAGUUCACUAUCAGGGAACAGGGGGUGGUUUCAAUUAUAUUUCUCGUUUUUUUUUGAUGAUUUAGAUGCCAUGGCGGCGUACUCACAUUUCCGAUCACAGUUCGGGGACACCACAUAUACCAAAGUAUUUGUCGGAGGGCUAGCAUGGGAGACACCAACGGAAGACAUGCGAAGAUAUUUCGAGCAGUUCGGGGAGAUUCUUGAAGCUGUUAUUAUUAAUGACAAAAAUACAGGAAAAUCUAAAGGAUACGGAUUUGUCACAUUUCGUGAUCCGGAUUCGGCACGAAGGGCUUGCGCUAAUCCAAAUCCUAUGAUCGACGGUCGGAGAGCCAAUUGUAAUAUCGCUGCAUUGGGACGGCCUCGGCCUUCACCACCCCGAGGAAGAAACCAAGGCGCUGGUGGCAGUCCAUUUCAGGGUGGUGCACCGCCGCAUACUGGAGUCGCAGGGCAAUUACCUUUGCCUCCGCCACCACCUGCUGUCAUUUAUCCACAGUACGGGUAUCCAACCUACAGUCCUGAUCAAUAUGGGUAUCAACAGGCUUUGUAUUAUAACCAACAAGCUGCUCAACAACAGCAAUACUAUCAACAAAUGUAUGGAACAUCAUCAACAGUAUCUCCCACAAUGGGAUCUCCAUAUUAUUAUGGUGGGGGUCUUGGUCCUGGUACUGGUGGUGGUGGCUACCCUUUGCAAUCUCCAAGGGGAACAUUUUCUGCACCCCAUCAACGUAUGGCACCAACCGGACCCUCCUAUUUUUAUUAUCCUACUACACAGCUGGAUCAACCUUCCUUCUCCCCAACGUUUCCUCCUCCACCAUCAUUUCAUCCCACAAUAAGGUCUCUUCCUUCCUCUUCUCCAACUGAAUUACAGAUUCCACAACAUACAACAACAGCGGUAACAGAAGCUGGAGUUGCGACCACAGAAAGUUCAAGCUCCUAAACAGGAGAAAGAGAUCAGAGACAAAAAUUCUGCCAAAAUAAUUGAUUUGUAUAAUCUUGACAACUCCAUGUUCUUCAUCUCACUUCAUCUCUCUCAUCAGUCAUCUCCUUACCAGUCAAUUAUUCUUUUUUUUUUUUUUUCAGUAUUAAAGGCUGUAGGAUUGGAUGAAUUUGAUUCAGGAACGGAGUGUUCCCCUGCUACAGCAGGAAACAAAAAAAAAAAAAAAAAAAAGAGAGACUAAUCAACCAUUUCAUU